GAGAAUAAUACUGCCCUCAGUUACAGCAGAUCUGAACAGGACGGGUACCCAAUCCAUAGCACAGACCGCACUUCAACACACUUCAUGAUGAAGACCCCACUGUGGACACUACUGUUGCUCGGACUGUGUAACCCAGCGUGGUGUGACUGCCAGAAGGACUGCCACUUCUGCAGCCAAAUGCUGCCUAAAGAAUACGCCUUCAACAAUCUGGUGUGUUUGGUGGAGUGUCAUGGUAACCUUUCUCCAGGCGACACUUGGGAGUUGUGUCGCAGGACCAUUGUGGAGCAGAAUCCAAAAGCCUCCCUGCCCGUAAGCGCCAUGCUAAAAAGGGCAGAAGAGGAAGCGGACGCCUCUCUGCCUCUCAACCAGGACGAUGGCCAAUAUUCUGAAACCCUCCAGAGGUUUGACCAUGUAACUCGGGCUGUGGGAGCACAGGACCAAGAUCAAGACCAAAACGUGCAGCUGAGUAAAAAAUACAAGUUCCAACAAGCACAGGCCACACAGGAAUCUGAGGAAGAGCAAGAUGAAGACAGCGAGAUGGGAGGAGAUGAAGAACAGGCCAUCCACCUGAUCAAACGCUUUGGAGGCUUCCUCAAAAACAAGUAUGGCUACAGGAAGUUCAUUGAUCCUGGCAGGUCUUUGCAGAAGAGGUAUGGGGGCUUCAUAGGGGUCCGCAAAUCUGCCCGCAAGUGGAACAACCAGAAGCGCUUCAGCGAGUUCCUCAAGCAGUACAUGGGCAUGAACACCCGAGCUAGCGAGUUAAAUGAGAUAUCUGAUGAUUACACCCAAGAGAAAAAAUAAGCUUUGAUCUUUGAAGGCCAAGAAACUUAUCCACCAAACCAUCAAUUGUUAUGCUUCACAGUUAGUCAUAAAAUAUCUAUCUCCCUCUAUCAACACACAAAAAAUUCAUAGUGCAACAAGGUUAGAUGCGCAUUUACUUCUGAUCUGAUUUGUCAUCAGGACUUAUAAGUGAUUUUAGCUUAAAGCUUAAGGAAAAUUAUAAGGUGAGAGAUUCAAUUCCUUCUUAUCCAAAUCAUCUAUAAAUUGCUUUGAUAUUGUAUAUGGUUCACCCCUUUAGUUCAAUUAUUGUACAAAGAUCAUUUGAAACCCUCAAGAGGUCCAAAUCCAUUUUCCCAAUACAACACUGCCAUCUACCGGCCAAAGGGAAUUUCAAUAAUGAAAACCUAAUUUGUACUGUGGUGGGAUGAUGAUACAACAUGCAAAGCUUUAGGAAUUAAGGAAGACCAAUCUGUAUUUACAGUCUCCAGCAAAAUAAAUAAAGCCAGAUUUCCCAUAAUCCAUUUUACGGCUGUGAUAUGCCCAUACAAACACUGCAAAUUCUGUCACACAGAGUUUUCUUCUUUCUCAAAGAAUGGAAAACAGCAUUUUUUUUUUUUACUGACAAAGUUGAUUUGUGUCUGUGCAUAUGAAAAAAAACUGUGUUUAGGCAAACAUUGCUAAAUCAUGCUUUUCCCUUUAUUCCAAUGAUAUAAAUCAUGAUGUUCAAUAUAUGAACUGUAUAUAGCUACAUUGAACGAUCAAUAAAAUUGUUUACUAUUUUC